AUACACACACACAUUACAUUAUUCGAUUACAAUGCAAUCCAGUACAAUUUGACACAAUGCAAUAACACAGAAGCGAGUGCAGUAAACAAAAGUAGCCUUCACACAUAUUUUGCAAAUGCAGCCAGGCAUGCACACAGUGGAAUGGCUGGCAGUCACAAAGACACACACACACACACACACACACAUACACAUACACGCACACACACGCACGCACGCACACGCACAAACACAGAGAAACUCUACCUCUAUUCUGUCGACAGGGCUAGGCCUGUUUCUAUAGCAACCAAGCCCCUCCCUUUGGCUUGCAGGGGAGGUGUUUUGAAAGUUCACAGCGUGUGUGUGUGUGAGGGGGUGCGCGUAAAGAGAGAGGCUGAAAUGGGCGUGGAUGCACAGCCAACUUCAAGAAAGUAAAACACCCAAACUUCAGUUCUCUGCAGGAGCGACUGGCAGCAGCAUCACAGAGCCACUGCCAAACUUUUUUUUGUGUGAGUUAAGUUAAUUACUCUUCCGAAGCGGGACAUUUGACCACCUGUGUGAAACCAUGGAAGGUGACGCGUCCCACGCCGAGCCCAGCAGCGUCUCAGGCAGCCCUCACACCACCCCGCAGCAGCCGCCCGAAAACCCGGAGAUCCUCAUCCCGAGCUUCAGCCCAUCGUCCGCCCCGUCGUCCCCGACCCCGACCGGCACCCUCUCCAGGCUGGGUUUAAAAAGCCCCACCAGCCCGUCCGCAGCCGCGCCGGGAAGCCCGAUCGACCGCGGCCAGGUGAGCGCCAUCACCGUGGUGGCUCUGCUGGACAAGCUGGUCAACAUGCUGGAGGCGGUGCAGGACAACCAGCAGCGGAUGGAGCAGAGGCAGGCCGACCUUGAGGGCGCCGUGCGGGUCGUGCAAGGGGACGUGACCCGUCUGUCCAAGACCCACAUCAGCACCUCCAACUGCGUCAGCAAGCUGCUCGAGCGCUCCCGGAAAGUCAGCGGGCACCUGAAAGACGUGAAGGAACGCAUGGACAAACAGGCGGUCCAGGUGAAGAAGCUGGAGGCAAACCACAACCACCUGCUCAAGAGGAACCACUUUAAAGUGCUCAUCUUCCAGGAAGACAAUGAGAUCCCCUCCACUGUGUUUGUCAAAGACUCCCUCAAGACCCCACAACCAAGCCAGUGUGAUGCAGCGUCAACCCAUCCUACUCCAUCUGUUUCUGGGUCUGUUGAUGGCAUCCGUGUGCCUGAGGGUCUUCAGACCAUUAGCCUGUCCUCUGAUGACGAUGAUGAUCUUGCAAUACACGCAGAGGAGGAUGAUAUGCUAGAAGGCGAGGCUGCAAUGGGUACUUCGCAUAACUUUGAGAGAAGGGCUGACAGGUUCAAGCGCUCUAGCCUGAAGAAGGUUGAUAGCCUCAAGAAGGCCUUCUCACGCCAGAGCAUUGAGAAGAAGAUGACCCAGAUCACCACCAAGAUUGUGCCACCAGAGAAGCGGGACAAAAUCAAGAAGAGCCUCACUCCUAACCAUCCGAAGAGCCCAACUGCCAAAAGCUCCUCGUUCAAGGUGUCUCCCAUGACCUUCAAUGUCAAGAAGGUCAGAGAUGGGGAGGCCCCAACACAAGACAUGGGCUCACCUGGUGAAGAAGCCCAUGUGGAGAUUCCUCCUCUGGGAAGCUUAGAUGGAGAGAUUCCAUUGGCAGAGGUGCAUACCCAGGAAGGCGUUGUGGAGGAGAUUCGGGAGAUGCUGAGCCCCUCCACCCCAGACAGCAUGAAGGCACAGCUGGCAAUCAAUGGAGAACCACCAAGCAUUGAGUGUGAGAUAAAUGGUCAUCGCUCUGCUGGCUUGGCAGUCCCAGAGCAUGAUGAUGAUAUUGGCGAGGAUGAUGAAGAAGAGGAAGAAGAGCAACAGAAAAGCCCUGCUGAAACAGCAGCAGAUGCCAAGAUUCCCACAGCAACAAUUGCUGUGGAGCAAGUGUCUUAAUAUGAUUUGAUUGAUUUGAUUAUUGACCAUCAGUUCUAGUUUCCCAUUCUUUGUUUUCCUCCUCACAUUUCUACAUUUACUGAACACCCAGCAGGCAUAAAAUAUCCCUCCAUCGUAAACAGUCUUGUGUUCUUGCCACAAACACACACACUCAGAUACACUAGAAACAUACUCUGCAUUGAAACUCUCCCUUCAAUGGUAGUUCAUCCUCGGACCAUUCCUGCAAAACCUACCUUUGUUUAUCACUAGCACAGUCUAAAAACCUUGAUUACUACAUAAGUAACUAUGUUAUCAACACCCCACAGCGCAUAUCAGAAAGAGUUCUGAUUGAAGCAUCCAGUUCGAGUGCUUCCUAAAACCAUCCAGGCAGCUUGUCCAAAGCAAGCAACAUUGCACCAGUGUACCACAACUCACUCCCAUCAAGUGGUGCCCACCACUUCAAUAGCAGCACAUCUCCAGGGCGCUGGGCCAACUAUCUCCAUCUUGCUGUGUUUGUCUGCCUCUGGACCUCUCUUCCUCACUGACAAAUAGCCUCUUUGUUCUUUGUGUUUUUGUGAAAAAUAGUAAAUCUUUGGCAACAGUGGUACUGCCCACAGCCUGUUGAGGUAGUGUGUUGCCAGGUUGUGCAAGGGUUGGAAUGGGAGUUUCUGGCUUUUCACUAAAACGGCCCUGGGGUGUUUUGUAGUGAACUAGAGGUUGUUUACUAAAUUCUUUGGACCUGUGCUGAAUGAGCCCUGAUGUUAACUAACAGGUAACUAUACUUAAGUUUAUACUUUGUCCGAGUGGCUCUGUCUCGCCUCCUGUCCUUUACCUGCAGUUGUGAAAUUGUAUGUUACUCCUGUCAGUGAGAUCCAAUUCAUAAUUUCAGACCUUAUUAUUGAUGUCUUACCUGGAAUACCAUAUAAGUUGCAUGUGGUACAUCAAAAUAUUAUAGUAAUUUGUGAUUUCCAGUUGAGUAACAGUUAAGCUUCCAUUUGCUGAAAAGUAGAUAUUGAAAUAGUCAAAAUGUCCUUGUAGACCACACUUGUUUGCUACUCUUAAAAAGAUAUAAGAAAAACAUUUAUUGAGAAAUCUAGUCAGCAUUUGAACUCCUAAAUAAAGGACAUCAUUGCAGGAUAGAAGGUCCUCUAAAUAGAGAAGAAAAUGUUUGCGACAUGAAGGUCCCUACAGGUUUUGACACUGAUACACUAAAUUUCCCUUUUAUAGCCCUUUGUCUUAUUGCAGGGCAGCUUUGUAUGUUUAUGUACAGGAAUUAUUUUUUCUAUGUGAGGCACACUACUCUCUUGGUAUUUAGAGCGUCUACAACCUAAAAUAGUAACUUUAUGAUAACUGCCUUUAGUGUGUGUACUUUAUACAGUAAAUGUAUCUGUGAAUUUUUUUUUUUGAGUGAUUACAUAAUAGUUGGGUGUUAUACAUAUAAUUCCUGUUUUCUUUCAGGCAUCCAUAAUUUGCAUGGUGAAAUGUUUACUCGGUUACAUAUGUUUCUGACAUAAACAUUUAUCUUAUACAUUUUCCAGGGCACUAUCACUACAGCCCCUCCUCUGAGAUACAUGCACGCACGUACUCCUACAGUGCCUUUAUCUUGCACAAGCUGGUAUGAGUAAUUGCACUCCAGAAGGGAUGGAUUCCUAUGGUUUUGUAGAUAAAAGUGAUAAUAAAACAUGCCUUAAGAUUUUUUUCUCUUCCAAGGAAUUCCUUGCAGUUAUCACUGUAUGGGGCGUAGUCAGUGUUUGAUACCAGCUACAUAGAAACAGAGAAAGUUUAAAUUUGAAAGAGAGUGCAAAUGUAUGAAUCAGUCAACUUCAUGUUUGGAAGUCAUGCCCGGGAGUUUCUAUAAAGUGACCUUCCUCUUAUUGCACAUUGUUAGCGAUUUACCAACCUUAGUUACAGAUGUCUAAUGCCACGACUCUCUAAAAAUAAUUUUAGCAAGUGAUACCAGGUGCCAGGGAUCCAACAUACAAGAGAGGUCACAGGAGUGGAUCAAGGCAGAGGACAGCAUUCCUUGGUUUGACGAAUGACUCCUGCUCAGCCUAUUUUUCAUGCUCUUGGCCUCCUUGUUGAGACAGUGCAAUGAGAGGAAAGAGGUUGUCUGGAACCACAGGUGUUCUGCCCCUGUAGAGGCUCCUGGGCAUGAGCUCGUAGUGGAAGGGGGACAAGUGUGGGUGUUGGGAAGUGUGGGAAAGCUGUUGGAUAGGAUAAUAAAUUUGCGAUUGCAUUAUGCAUAUAUGCUGCUUGACAGAAAUGUGAGAUUCUGAAAUGCAUUAGACAAUGGGAUCUAUAUGACGCUUUAGGGGGUGUACAUAUAAAUAGCUGGCACUGCAGGAUCAAUCCUUUCAAGUCCUUCAUGUUUUACAAAAUUUAACAUGUAAGUUUCCUCAGCUGACAUUGUAGGGAGAAAUAAAGUUAGACAUAAAUGAUUUUUAAACAACUUGCUACCUGUUUAUAUUGAAUAUGCUUAGUCACGCAGAGGAUUAUUUUCUUCUUCUUUGUAUAAAUCACAUUACUGGAAAAGGAUCGAACACUAGGAUUAUGUACAUUCUGUGUACUGUAGAGGUUAAAAUGUGAUUGGCUCAGAUGUAUUUUCUGCUUCUUAUUCUUGCAAUUGUUUUACUUUGGUGAUAUUUCUUUCUGCUAAUGUUAAUGUAGAUUUGUGUAUGUGUGUAAAAGUCUGUUUUUAUUUGUUUUGAAAUCAGACUGUCUAAUCUGAAUCAUCAUCGUCAUCAUCAUCAUCAUCAUCAUCAUCAUCAUAUUAUGUUAGAAACCUUUUAAAAAUCAGAUACCUAAUACAGCAUUGUCCGGAUAGUGAUAUUGUGUUUACUAUCAUGUUUGUUCAUAUAAGGGUCUUACUUUAUAUCCUGUUCAUUUAGUAAACCACUUAAACCAAAGACAUUUCCUUCACAGCAGAAGAUUCCCUGCCACUUGUGUGUUAACUCAAAUGCAUUCCUCCUGACACUUGUUUCUAACGUCUUGUGAACAUGCAGGAAUUUCCUUUCAAAUGUUAGUAUUAUAUACAUCAAUAAAAAUUUUAUAACUUUCAA